GAGAGAACAGAGGGAAAAUAAUCAUGUCAUCUUCCUGGGAGCAGCUCUUUUUUCAGAUCCUCCUUCUCGUCUUCUGCAGACACAUCAAUACAAAGACACCUGGUCCUACGCCCCCGCCACUGGUUUCCAUCAGCAGUCCCCUGCCAACGGAUGUAAGGAGUGUUGUUCUUAAAGGUGAAAGUCACACAGAGAGUGUUGAACUGUUGAACCCUGUCAAUCUGACACUGGAGUGUACCUGGACAGGUAAUCAGAACAAACUACCAAACAUAACUGGGUUUUGGGGAAAAGAUGGGGAUGAAGUUGAGAACAGCCGUCUCACAGUGCAGUUGGAGAACGAUCAGUAUAAUCUCAAACGAGCGUUCAGCAUCGUCAGUGAAAAAAACCUCGGAAAUUACUCAUGCAUGUUUGAAAGUGAGGCAAAAAUAGACUUUGUUUUGGCAGCUCCACACAUGCAUGAGGUGCGAGAUAAACCAAUAGUGAGCUAUGUGGGGGACUCUGUGGUGAUUCAUUGUAAAAUGGAAGAAACCCAACCAAAGCCCAUCACCUGGAACUGGUACAAAGCAAAUGGUACCGACAAGGAGCAGAUAUUCACUGCUGCACAGCCUCUUCGGUAUGAAAUCAAAAACGAUGAGAGGAAGACCAAACUGGUAGUGUACAACCUGACGGAGGCUGACCGAGGCUUGUAUUACUGCGGUGCGGUGUACGCCAUCAACACCACGAUGGGCCUCGUGGAACUGAAGGUCAUCAACUUUACGGAGCCUCUGAAGCCUUUCAUAGCCAUCGUGAUCGAGGUGAUCGUUCUGGUCGUCGCCAUUAUGUUCUACGAGAGAUAUCAGUCUAAGAAAAACUACACAGCAGGAAAUGGGAUGAAUGACCAAACAAACACAGUGACACAGGGAGAAAAUAAUGAACCAGAGGAAGGUUCUUCAAUGAGACAGCGGAAAGUUUAAAGACUGCAAAUUCAACAGAUCCUAUAUUCUUUCAAAUCUGUUGUUUGCUUGUUUUAGGAUGUGAAUUAUAGAGCUGUAAAGCAAUAUCUCAGCAACUAUUUGAGUAUGUUCACCAAACAAUGUGCAAUAAAACCACCACUUAAUAAUCAUUCCUUUAAUUCAUACACAAGUAGCCUUUUUUAGAUUAAAAUUUUAACUUUAUUACACUGGAAGAUGUGUUUAUUUUUUUUAUUUUUUAUUGACAGUGUUGUUGUGACAGCUAAAAGAGCAAAGCAUUUUUUUCUUCUGUUUGAACCCUAUAUGCACCCACUUCCUGUGGAAAAACUGCCAUGCAUUGCAUCACUAUGCCUUUGAAACCUCUUUCUCAAAAAGGAAGUGGGUUUACUUCUUUUGAGCAACAAAUUCUACUUCUGUUAAGUAUGUAUUAUGGUUUGUGAGCAAACACUUACUAUUUAUACUGUGCUAGCAAUUACUUUUUGUCACUUUCUAGUUUGUGCUUGCAGUAAUGUGUGCCUAAAAUGCUUUACAUUACCAUAAUAAUGUGUAUAUCAAGAUGUAUCAUCCUAUAUAAAGAUGCUAGUGUGUUUUUCAUUUUAAUGUAUUAGAAGAUGGUCAGAAAGGUAAUAUUUCCCCUAAUCAUUGCUUUAACUGUCUUUAGUUGUCAGCCUGCACUUAACCUAUAAGGUGUACCAGGGUAUUCGUAAACAUAUACAAGUCACUGCCUGGAAUAACUAUCAAGCCUUUGUGUUAGCGGAUAUGGAGACAGAGCUUACUUAAAGGGGAACGCCACUGGGUUUUCUGUUUACAGGUCUUAUGUGAAAAUAAUUGUAUAAAUAUUGUUAAAGCUCCAGACAAGGGAAAAACAAUAUGAAGAAUAAAAGUUGAUAUCUCUGGU